AUGGCUGGGCCCAUGAAAGUAGAAGCUGCCGCCUGCCUGCUACACUCUGCUCUCCCGGAGGCUCAAAGGUCUCGCUUCGCUGGAACUCCUGGGGGCAUGGGAGCCAUGCACCUGCUUUGGGUUUUCUUGGCUCUCAUCGCGCCAGGGGUCUUAGGGAUCUCUUGUAGCCCUCCUCCUGUUGUAGAAAAUGCUAGAUCAUUUCAUUCUUUGGGCCCCGUGCCUAUUGGCAGUGUGAUAAGAUACAGCUGUUAUUCUCAAUUCCGCGCCAUUGGAUACACAACUCUUCAUUGCAUCAGUAAAGACAACGUGACUGCAGUCUGGGAUAAAGCAGCCCCCAAAUGUGAAUAUUUCAACAAAUAUUCUACCUGUUCUGAGCCCAGAGUGCCAGGCGGAUACAGAAAUGCAAAAUCUAAACCACCAUACAAACACGGCAAUUCUGUGACAUUUACCUGUAAUGCCAACUUCAAAAUGAAAGGCAACAGCACUGUCUGGUGUCAAGGAAAUGGAAUGUGGGGACCGACCCCACUGCCCGUCUGUGAAAGUGAUGUCCCUUUGGAGUGCCCAUCACUUCCCAGGAUCCCCAAUGGUCAUCACACGGGGGAAAAUGGAGGCCCUUUUGCCCCUGGAUUGUCUGUGACUUACAGCUGUGAGCAUGGCUACUUACUUCACGGAGAGAAGACCAUCACCUGCUUGUCUACGGGAGAAUGGAGCACUUUCAGUCCCACGUGCAAAGAGGCCCAGUGUGAGUCUCCAAGACGAUUCCCCAACGGACAGGUCAAGAUUCCAACAAGUCUUCGGGUUGGUGCAACCAUGACCUUUUCCUGUGACGAAGGGUAUCGAUUACAAGGCCAGUCAUCUAGCCAGUGUGUAAUUGCUGGGCAGCAUGCUGUCUGGACGAAGAUGCCAGUAUGUGAAGUGAUUCUUUGCUCUCCACCUGCUGCUAUUCUCAAUGGAAGACAUACAGGCAGCUCAUCAGUGCGCCAUCCAUACGGAAGCACGGUCACCUACACCUGCAACCCGGGCCCGGAGGAAGGAGUGACCUUCAUUCUCAUAGGGGAGAACACCCUCCAUUGCACAAACAGCAGUCAGAUGACUGGGAUCUGGAGCAGCCCGGCCCCACGCUGUGAACUUUCUGCUUCUGCUGUUCGGUGUCCACGGCCCCACGUCCGAAACGCACACACACCCCUUGUGCAGAAAGAGGAAUACCUCUAUAAUGACACUGUGACAUUUGCUUGUGUGUUUGGUUUCACCAUGAAGGGCAUGAGUCAAAUCCGAUGCACUGCUCGAGGCACCUGGGAUCCACCAGCUCCGGUCUGUGAGAAGGAAUGUCAGGCCCCUCCUAGGAUCCUCAAUGGACAAAUCACACCUUCCGAAAGACACGUCGUCCGCUUUGACCCUGGAACAGCCAUGAAAUACAGCUGUGACCCUGGCUACGUGCUGGAGGGGAAAGAAACCAUCCACUUGGCACAGUGUGAACCUGUAGGAACAGAACUCUUUCAAAAACCUCAGGAGCAGUUUAUUCGACAGGAUGUUAAUGCCUCCUGUGAGGAAGGGUACCGGUUAGGUGAGAGUGUUUAUCAGCAGUGUCAAGGCACAACUCCUUGGUUUGUGGAGAUCCGUCUUUGUAAAGAAAUCACAUGCCCACCACCUCCUGCCAUCUCUAAUGGGAUUCACUCUGGGAGUUCCUCAAAGGAUGUCGCGUAUGGAACCACUGUCACUUAUACCUGUCACCCUGGGCCAGAGAGAGGAGUGACAUUCAACCUGAUUGGGGAGAGCACCAUUCGCUGUAUAAGUGACGACCAAGAGAGGGGCACCUGGAGUGGCAUCGCUCCUCUCUGUGUACUUUCCACCCCUGAUGUCCGGUGCUUGCAUGUCCACAUUGACAACGGGAUUAAGAUAUCUGGCAAGGAAGCCCCCUAUAGCUACAAUGACAGUGUAACGUUCAAGUGUCAUAAUGGAUUUACUUUGAAGGGCAGCAGUCAGAUUCGGUGCAAAGCCAAUAACACCUGGGAUCCUGAAAUACCAGUUUGUGGAAAAGAAGGAUCAUGCAAGCAUUUGGGAGAAGAUAUACAAGACAUUCCACUUGGCAUGCGUGUAGUACCCUUCAAUACGUCCUGCCAAGUUGGGUACCAAGUGACUGGACAUUCUUAUCAGAAGUGUCAAGAUGCUGAGAAUGGAGUUUGGUAUGAAAAGAUCCCAAUUUGUAAAAUUAUUCACUGUUCAUCUCCACCGAGAAUUGAAAAUGGGAAGCCUGCAAUGAUAAGAAAGGAAUUUUUAUAUGGAAAUGAAGUUUCUUAUGAAUGUGACCCAGGAUUUGAUCUUGUGGGAGAGAAAACUAUACAGUGCUCGAGUGAUACUCAAGGACGUGGAGUUUGGACAGGAUCUGCCCCAAAGUGUACGUAUCUCGGUCAAUGCAAGGGCCCACCAAUGUUUCAGUAUGCCAAACUUAAAAACCAGACAGAUGAAACUCAAUUUCCUAAUGGGACGGUUUUGAAGUAUGAAUGCCGCCUUGGAUACAACAAGAGGACUUUCCUUAUCACCUGUCAAGGAAACUUGACCUGGUCAAACAAGGAAAAUGUCUGUAAACGUAAAACAUGUAGAUUUCCUCCAGAGCCUGACCAUGGUUUUGUGCAUGUGAACACAGACUUGCAAUUUGGAUCAAGUGUAAAUUAUUCUUGUGCUGAAGGAUAUCUCCUUAUUGGUCACUCCACUAAUACAUGCAUCCUUGGAGAAAAGACAGUCAUCUGGGAGAAUGAGGCACCUAUUUGUAACCGUAUUCUCUGUGAACCACCCCCAGCCAUCCUCAAUGGAUACUUCUCUAACAAGCAAAAAGAAUAUUUUGAAUAUGGAAUGGUUGUGACCUAUCACUGCAAUGCGGUACGAAAGGGGAAGAAACAGUUUUCCCUCGUCGGCAAGUCGUCAAUAUAUUGUACCAGCACAGACAAAGGACAUGGCAUGUGGAGUGACCCUCCCCCAGAGUGUAUUCCACCUCCUAAUACAUGCACACCUCCAAAAAUUGAAAAUGGAGUCAGGGUAUCUGUUGAUAGAAGCCUGUUUUCCUUAUAUGAAUCUGUGAGGUUCGAGUGUCAGCCUGGCUUUCUCAUGAAAGGAUCCGACAGUGUGCAAUGCCAGACUCAAAACAAGUGGAUCCCAGAGUUGCCAAGCUGCUCCAAGGCAUGUCCGCCACCACCAGCAGUCCUGCAGGGGAAGCAUACUCCAAAUGACAAGAAGAACUUUUCCUCUGGAGAUGAAGUGUUCUACAGCUGUGAGCCUGGCUAUGACCUCAAAGGAGCUGCCUCUCUGCUCUGCACCCCCCAGGGAGCCUGGAACCCUGCAGCCCCCAGCUGUGAAGUGAAAUCAUGUGAUGACCUCCUGGACCGGCUCCCUAAUGGCCGCGUACUCUCUCCCCCAAGUCUCCAGGUUGGGGCAAAAGUGUCCUUCAUAUGUGAUGAGGGGUUCCGUUUAAAAGGCAGUGCUGUUAGCCACUGUGUCUUGGUGGACAUGAAAAGCCUUUGGAAUAGCAGUGUUCCUGUAUGUGACCGUAUUUUUUGUCCAAGUCCUCCAGCUAUUGAUAAUGGGAGACACACAGGAAAGCCUUUGGGGAACACUCCCUAUGGAACAGAAAUAUCUUAUACAUGUGACUCUGACCCAGAUAGUGGGGUGACCUUCCGCCUCAUUGGAGAGAGCACCAUCCGCUGCACAAGUGACAGUCAAGGCAAAGGCAUUUGGAGCGGACCCGCCCCUCUCUGUGAACUUCUUGUUCCUGCUGGUCACUGUGAAGCCCCCAGACAAUUUCUAUUUGCCAAGCCUAUAAUUCCGAUUGAGGAGUCUGAGUUUCCAAUUGGGAUUUAUUUGUAUUACGAAUGCCUUCCUGGGUACCAUGGGAACAUCUUCUCUAUUACCUGCCAGGAAAAUUUGGUCUGGUCAAGUGCUGAGGAUGCCUGUACAAGGAAAUCGUGUGGAUAUCCUCCAGAACCCUCCAACGGAAUGGUGCUUAUAAACACAGACGUCUUGUUUGGCUCAACAGUUAAUUAUUCUUGUCAUGAAGGAUUUCGACUCAUUGGUUCUUCAUCUGCUGCUUGCCUCGUCUCAGGCAAUGAUGUCGUUUGGGAUAAGGAGACACCCAUUUGUGAAAGCAUCACUUGUGAGCCACCUCCAACCAUAGACAAUGGAUACUUCCUCAACAGUAACAGAAAGAUUUUUCCAUUUGGAACAUUGGUAACUUACUAUUGUCAUGUUGAGCAAUAUGGGGAGAAGUUGUUUGACCUUGUGGGGAAAUCAUCAAUAUACUGUACCAGCAGAGAUGAUCAAGUUGGUGUUUGGAGCGGCCCUGCCCCUCAGUGCAUUGCUUCUGAAAAGUGCACAGCUCCAGAAGUUGAAAAUGGAGUUCUGGAACCCGGAGGCAGAAGGUUCUUUCCCUUAAAUGAGAUUGUGAGAUUUAGGUGUCGGCCCGGCUUUGUCAUGAAUGGGGCCAGCACUGUGCAGUGCCAGAUCAACAACAGCUGGGUGCCUGAGCUGCCGCGGUGCACCCAGGUGUGUCAGCUGUCUCCAAAAGUUCUGCAUAGUAAGUAUUCCCCUCACAAUAAGGACAGUUUUCUCCCCAGGGAAGAUGUGUUCUACAGAUGUGAGAGUACCUAUUGUCCCAAUAGAUCUGCUUCUCUGCAUUGUACGUCCCAGGGAAACUGGAACUAUGCAGUCUUCAGAUGUGCAGUGAAAACCUGUGAUGAUUUCCCAGACCAACUCCCAAAUGGCCGUGUACUCGUUCCUCCUAGUCUCCAGCUCGGGGUAAAAGUGACCUUCAUUUGUAAUGAAGGGUUCCGACUAAACGGCAAUUCUGUUAGUCAUUGUGUUGUGGCUGGAAUGAAAAGCCUUUGGAAUGGCAGUGUUCCUGUCUGUGAGCCAAUCUUUUGUCCAAGUCCUCCGGCUAUCCUUAAUGGGAAACACACAGGAAAUCCUCUAGGAAACAUUUCCUAUGGAAAAGAAGUCUCUUAUACAUGUGACUUUGACCCAGACUCGGGGAUGACCUUCCGCCUCAUUGGGGAGAGCACCAUUCGUUGCACGAGUGACAACCAUGGGAAUGGCAAGUGGAGCAGGCCCGCCCCUCGCUGCGAGCUUCCUGUUCCUCUAGCAUGCCCUCAUCCACCUAAGAUCCACCAUGGACAUCACACUGGAAGCCGUGUGUCUUACCUUCCUGGGAUGAUAGUCAACUACGUUUGUGACCCUGGCUACCAGUUGGUGGGAAAGGCCUUCAUCUUCUGUACACACAAGGGAACCUGGAGCCAAUUCUUUCAUCAUUGCAAAGAGGUAAACUGUAGCCUCCCACAGUUUAUAAGUGGAAUCCGGAAGGAAUUGAACUACAGGAAGAUUUAUCACUAUGGAGAUAACGUGACUUUGGAAUGUGAAGCUGGAUACACUCUAGAAGGCAGUCCUAAGAGCCAGUGUCGGGAUGAUGACAGAUGGGACCCUCCCCUGGCUCAUUGCACCUCAAGCUCGCAAGAUGUGCUCGUAGUUGGUGUUUUCUUUGGUGUGUUCUUCUUUAUUUUAUUCAUCCUUGGUCCCUUCUGGAUAAUUCUAAAGUCCCGAAAAUGUUCCCCUAACCUAGCUCAGAAUGCCAUCACCCAAGAAGUCAUGGUGAGCAGCUCCACCCUGAAGUGA